AUGACGGCCUCCACCAGGGCGUUGCUGGCUCGGCUACAGAUCUACCGCGGCGACACGGUGGACGAGGAGAUGGAGUCGAGGCCUCUGCCGCAGCCACCACAUCAGCACCCCCCGCUCGCAGCCGACGUCGUCCUCACGCGGCGUGUCGCUCUGCUGCAAAAGCGUCUGCACGCCUUGGAAGACGAAAACAGCGGGCUGCGUCUGGAACUGAAGGCUGCAGAAACGUACGCUGCAAGCCGCAACUUGCCCACUGCCGCGAUUUCCCUGCUGGAUUUCCAAUAUCUGCUGGAGGAGUGUGGCCGGGCGAUGCACGCUGAGGGGGAGCAAGUGGAAGGGAGAACACGCACGUGCGAUGCCUUGGUGCAUGCCCUGCGGCAGCUUUAUUCCUUGAAGUCGUUUAUGAAGGCAUUGGAUGGCUUGCAUGAGGCGUAUAGGCGACUGCAAAGGAAAGGCAUUGAGCUGGCGCUGGAGAACUUUGUUGAGGAGGUCUCAAUGGAUAGGGUGCGCACGGCAGCAAUGGAGCUCAUCAUGCGAUUCGAUAUCCUUGAGGAAAGACGGACGCAGUCCGUGGACGAGUACGCUUCCCUGCUGCGUAGUUUCGCGAACGCCAUUGGCGUGGCUGUCUCCCGAGCCAUGCUGUACUUUGGGAAGAGUGGAAAGGAGAGUCAGCAGACGCCGUCAUUGCUGAGUGCCAUGCAGCAGGUGGUGCGGGAGGCGUUGAAUGUCUCCAGACAUGUAGAGGAAGACGCGGCGACGAGCUUCACGCGGAAUUUCGGCGUCAAUUCGACUCUCCUCAAGCGGCUCCACUCAAUGAGUCUGUUGAUGGUCCCACCUCAUGCAGCGCCCACCAUAAUGGAACUCCAGGCGAUGACGGGUGAAGUGAUGAAUGUUGAAUUGAGGCACCAGGAUAGCUGCUACGACGCCUGUGCGCUCUCCCUGCAGACUGCGUUGUCACUGCUGCGUGACUGA